AUGACGGAAAAGUUCAUUAUACACGGCAGGAAUACAUACAUCAGACCCCGACCAUACAUCCCACGGCCCCGUCUAAUAUGGGCAAAGAAAGGGAAAGAAGACGCGAACCAACCCCCUGGGGAUUGCACCCCUGGAUUAACACGCCUCCACUCCAAGACAAGAAUGUAA